CGCGGCACGCUGGGAAAUGGAGUCCGCGCUGCUGUGGGGCGGCUGCCAUGCGGUGCCGGCCAGGCCGCGUCUCCGAUCCCAGGCUGAAGCAGCGCAUCAAGCAGUAUCUUGCAAGCAGUAAAUGUGGGGAGUAUGUUGACAUUGGAAUUCUAGCAUCUGAUUUGCAGAAAACCUACAGUGUAGAUUAUGGACGAAGAAAAAGAAAUGCCUUUAGAAUACAAGUUGCAAAAGUGUUUGAAAUAAUCAGUAAUGAAAAAGAACGUGAAGAUUUGGCAGUUUUAGAAUCUGAACAUGUGGCAAAAAGAGCAAGACAACAAGAGAAAAAUGAGACUACUGGAAGUGGCACAGAUGACUCUGACUAUGAUGAUUAUCCAGAAGAUCUAUCUACAAACCAGAUGAACAGUUCCCUGCUAAGCUUAUACAAGAAAGGAAAUCCUGAUUCUGUUCUACCCACUCCACAAAAUGGCCCAGUGGAGACCUCUCCUUGUGUGAGAACAGCACCUCAAACAAGCACCCUCACACCAGGAUCCAGAGGUGAAAGAUGGAUCUCUGAUGGUGGCUGGUUCAUUGAUAAAACUCCUGAUGGCAAAGACUUCUUCAUUGACCUUUCUGAGGAUGGGGAAGGAGAGGAAAAGAGACCAAUUUCUGAGAAAUCAACAGAAUUUUCUGUCUUGGAGAGUGAAAGAAAGAAGACAAAGGGCAGGAGAGCAAAAAGAAAAAAAGGAGAAUUUGCUGAUGUAGAUGGGGAAAUUGAAUCCAUGUUACUUAAGAAAGUGAGAAAUAAGGGUUCAGAGCUUUACCACCCUUCAGUGAAGUUUGAGGAUGUAGGAGGCAAUGAUGAAACAUUAAAGGAAAUAUGCAAGAUGCUCCUUCACAUCCGUCAUCCUGAGGUUUACACCCACUUAGGAGUGGUUCCACCUCGGGGCUUUCUUUUACAUGGGCCACCAGGGUGUGGGAAGACACUGCUGGCACAGGCAAUUGCUGGGGAGCUUGCACUCCCAAUGUUGAAGGUGGCAGCAACAGAGAUUGUGUCUGGAGUGUCAGGGGAAUCUGAGCAGAAACUGAGGGAACUGUUUGAGCAGGCAGUGUCCAGCGCUCCAUGUGUCCUUUUCAUUGACGAGAUCGAUGCGAUCACCCCAAAGAGAGAAGUCGCAUCGAAGGACAUGGAGCGGAGGAUUGUAGCUCAGUUCCUGACUUGCAUGGAUGACUUGAAUAAUGUGGCUGCCACUACCCAGGUCCUUGUUAUUGGAGCAACAAACAGACCUGACUCCCUGGACCCUGCACUGAGGAGAGCUGGGAGAUUUGACAGAGAAAUUUGUUUAGGGAUCCCAGAUGAAGGGGCAAGAGAGAAAAUUCUUCAGACUUUGUGUCGAAAACUGAAGCUCCCUGAGGGGUUUGAAUUCCGUCAUUUGGCACGGCUGACUCCGGGCUUUGUGGGGGCUGAUCUGAUGGCCCUGUGCCGUGAGGCAGCCAUGGGCACAGUCAACAGGGUCCUGAUAACUUCAGAGCAGCACAGGAGGGAACACACACACUCUGGGGGGAGCACAGCUGAAGGCAGCCCAGGGACAGGAACAGACAUCCUGGUGGAAGAGGGCACCGACCAACCAGAACUUCCACCUAAGGAUGAAUUGCAGAGACUUUUGGGUUUGCUGAAGGAGCAGGCCCCCUUGCCUGAGGAGCAGCUGCAGAAGCUGUGCAUUGAGAUGAAUGAUUUUAUUGUUGCACUGUCAUCAGUGCAGCCCUCUGCCAAGAGAGAAGGCUUUGUCACAAUCCCUGAUGUGACAUGGGCAGACAUCGGAGCCCUGCAGGAUGUUCGGGAGGAGCUGACUAUGGCAAUAUUGGCACCUGUGCGAAACCCAGAGCAGUUUAAAGCUCUGGGCCUGACUACUCCUGCUGGUGUCCUGCUUGCAGGGCCUCCAGGGUGUGGCAAAACACUGUUAGCUAAGGCCGUGGCAAACGAGUCUGGGCUGAACUUCAUAUCUGUGAAAGGUCCUGAGCUGCUAAAUAUGUAUGUUGGUGAAAGUGAACGUGCUGUACGUCAGGUGUUCCAGCGUGCCAGGAAUUCAGCCCCCUGUGUAAUAUUCUUUGAUGAAGUUGAUGCUUUGUGCCCUCGGAGGUCUGACCAUGAAUCAGGAGCCAGUGUGCGGGUUGUGAACCAGCUCCUCACAGAGAUGGAUGGGCUGGAGAAUCGCCAGCAGGUUUUCAUUAUGGCAGCCACAAACAGGCCAGAUAUAAUUGACCCAGCUAUCCUGCGUCCUGGUAGGCUGGAUAAAACACUCUAUGUGGGUUUGCCACCACCUGAAGAUCGACUUGCUAUUUUGAAGACCAUCACCAAAGAUGGGACCCGGCCUCCCCUGGAGAGUGAUGUGAGCCUGGAGGAGAUUGCUUACAGUCAGCACUGUGAUUGUUUCACAGGGGCAGACCUUUCAGCUCUCGUGCGUGAGGCUUCCGUUUGUGCCUUGAGACAGGAAAUGGCCCUGAAGAAUACUCAAAGCAAGAAGGGAGAAAUCAGGAUUUCUCGUAAACACUUUGAAGAAGCUUUUAGGAAAGUGAAGUCUUCAGUGUCCAAGCAGGAUCGAAUAAAGUAUGAAGAACUGCAUCAGUCACUGUGCAGCUGAUACAUUUGGAUAAUUCCCAAAAGCUACUAACUCUACACUGGUGAAGAGUCUGCAGUUCCUGUACCUGUUUUCAAGAGCCAGGUUGGAAAGAAGAUGUACUAAAUCCAUCUCUCAACUUUUUAUACUGCACACCUUGAAAAAAGGAAUUCACAACCGACUGCUCUAAAGCAUCCUUAAUUUAACUGUCUCCAGAAUAAAAGAUACAAUACAUGCUUCCUUCUUAUAACCAUUUGCAUUUUCCAAAUGAAUGCUUUUAGUGCUAAAAAGCUAAUACUAUUCUGACUUAUUUGCUGCCCUUAAUCAGAAAUCUUUGAGGCACUGACUAACCCUUCCAAGUGUUUACACUGCUCAAAUAGCUGUUUUCAAUCAUCAGAGAAAAUUGCUGUGUUUUCCAGAACAAGGACAAGGAAAGAAGAACUGGGAGGACAGAGCUGUGAAAGUAGGCUGGGAAAGUGCUGCACUGGAUGUUAUCACACCAUUAAUCAUGCAUUUUCCGAGUACAGUGACACAUGAUUGUGCCACCACAGGUUCUCAGAGCUGCUAACAGCUUCCUUCCACCUCACCAAAAUAAACUGCCCACAGAAAGAAAGCUGGGAUGGUUACCUAGGAGAGAGUAAAGUUUGGAAAUUGCAGUAGUGCUAUGACACUGUGACUCAGCCUAGGAAGCAUUUGAGUUAAGAGGUACUUAACAAGCUGGUUCUUAAUUAUUUUUCUUAAACAGAUAAAUUUUCAGUAUCAUGAAGUAUUUAUUUAAGAUAAAAUACUGGAAAGUGACAGCACCUACAAGCUUUCAGGGAAAAAACCCAAUGGAAUAGUUUUUGUAAUCAACAUCUCAUCUGUAACAUCCCCUGCUACCUAUUUAAGAGAGAGAUCAUUUAAUCUCCUACUUAAAUUCAUUUAAAGAAAUACACUGAACAACCGGAUCUAACUUUUAAGACUGGUCUUGAUAGAGAAUAGUACCUUACAUCUUAAAUUCUAACAAAUUCUAAGAAAUCUUGCUGCACCUUUUUACCUGAAGGUACAUGUUGAAGGUACAUGUAACUUACCACCACAGACUUGCAUUUAUAAAAUAUCAACGCUCAUGGCAGCUUGUUUUUACCAGUGGGAUAUUUGCUCAACAUAGGAUGACAUUCCUUCCCUCUCCUAGGGAAGCUGGAGCCUCAGUGACUCAAAUUCUGACUCAUAAGACUAACAAAGUCCCUGUAUAUAAAGCAGAUGAUGAUGUGCCAGCUUUUAAUUGUAAAUCAUGCUUGAAGUUUCAGCUAUGAUUCCCAAAAAUUCAAGAUAAGCAUCAUCAUUUUCAAUCAACACCAGAUUGGAAGGAAACCAGUGAUCAUCUGGUUCAACCUUUCUUGGAAAAAAGCCCAGUCUAGAUGUGAUGGCCCAGCACCCUGUCCAGCUGAAUCUUACAAGUGUCUGACACUGGGGAGUCCACCACUUCCCUGGGGAGAUUCUUCACAAUGAGAACAAUCAACCAGUGGAAUAGUUUUCCUCAUUUCCAAUUGGAAACACCCCUUACCCCUCAUCUUUUCUACACUGCUGUUGUAAAAAGGGAAUCUCCCUCCAUCUUCUUUGUAACCACCCCUGGAACAUGGUGGUAAGUUCUCUCCCUAAGCUUAGUUUUCUCAAGGCUGCAGAAACACAGUUCUCUCAGUCUUGGCUUAUAAUACUACAACAGUAUAAUAAUAAUGAUACACUCAAUUCAUGUGAGUGGCUGAGUAAACCAAUGAGAAGAAUAAGUGAUUUUUUUCUUUAUGGAUAUACAGAGAAAAUUCCUGCUAACAUACUUGAGGAUAGCUGCAAAUGAUGAGCUUAGCCAGGAGUGGAGUCCUCAAGUUCUGGCAUAUGCACCUGAGAAUUCUCCUUUCCUUUUAUGAUGAUAUUCCUGUGUAUGUAUGGAGCAAGAGAGUGAAGUAGGACUUGCAAGGCAGGAUAAGGGAGGAAAUGCUAUCAAGGAGUAGCAAUAGCACUGAAGUCUUGUCAAGAGUGCCAGCACAAAACAUGUUUAUUAUUCAUGGUGUCUCAUUAUUCUUUAUAACAGGCAGUAGAGGAAGGAGGAUGCAGGAGGGUUUGAAUGCACAAGAAAAUCUGAAGUUAAGGUGACAGGCAGGAAGAGCCAGGUCAGUCAAGUGUCUGCUCACCUUGUCUGGGCUCCAUGUGCACAAGGAGCAGGCAGGGGUAGGCAGCUGAAUUCCAUUUGCCUGCUCACAUGUGAGUGUUGCACCCACACUGCUCCUUGUGGGAAAUUCUGCUUUAUCACUAAAAAUACAACAAUCCUUUGUACAGAAAAGAUCCUUUGUACACAGAAAAUGGGAACUGCUUUAAGAAAAGAGCCGAGCCUUUUCACCCAAAAGAGACAAGUAUUUUGUUCUGCAUAUGCAGCUACUGCCCCUCCCACCAGACAUGCCUCGAGGUUUUGCCUCCAGCCAUCUUUUGUUUCUGUUGUGACAAGAUCAAGAAAUUGUUCAUCACGCCAUUCUCCUCUCCCUUUUCCUGAGGCUAGCAAGAUAUCGAAACCACAAGAAUGAGCCUGUCCCAGGGCAUAGCAGAUGCUAACUUAAGCAUGGAUAGGGGGCAGAGGCAGUGCAGAAGACUGUCAAAGAAAAAAAGAAAAAUGCUGUCUUCAUUCUUGGUUCAAUGGGAAACUUUUACCACAUCUUUGUCCUGACUAAAGUCUUGUAAUACCCACUUCAGGUUUGUUUGUGAAAUAGAAGAUUUGCUGGAGAAAAGAUAGUUGCAUGGACUUGUGGGUUGCUGUGCUAAAGGCAGAUCCACAUGCUGCAGGCACACCUGUUUAUCAGAUUGUUUCCCUAGGACCUUGCAGAAGCAAUGCUGGCAGACCCAGAAGUGGCUCAUGUGCCUUGCAGUGUGCAAGCUCAACAGCAGAACUUGCUUUGUUGUGAGUCUUUUGAGACUUCCAAAUUACAGAGUACAGUUUCCAAAAGCUGUGCCAAACUACUUACACAAGGUUGCUGCUUCAAAGUCACUUUCCUCCUCUUAGUCCAACAGGAGUAGGGCAGUCUGCAGCAUUGAUGUUAUCACCUGUUGAACCUCAUCAUUAAAUAAGGAAUGAAUAGUUCUGCUGUGGCAUGCCACUUCAUCUGAUAGAGGGAAUAAAUGUCAGGGAGGCAGAGGUGAGCCACUGACCUCAGCAGUGACAGUGGCCCCUUACCAUGAACAGAUCCACAUCUCAACACCUGGAGACCUUUGUCUUACGUGCUCAGUUAAUGAGUUCACCAGAGGAGUUCUGAGACACACAGCUGGAAGUCUCAACUGAGCUCUGGUUCCAGGGAGGAAGCCCUGCCCUGGAUCUGAAACACGGAGCUCUGCAGCCAGACAGAUGCACCCAUUUAGCACGUUAAUGCUGGGAAGCAGACAGGUUCAACAGCAAAUCAGGAAUGCCAGAGGCAAGGGUUGUUCUGAAAGAGUAUACCCACGCCUGUCCUGUGGGAAAACCAAUGUUUAGUACAAUCAGAUUCCAGGAUGCUUUACUUAUUCCACUUAAGCAGCUCCAGGUAAUUGGGGGCAGGGAGUGUUAAAAGGCAUGCAAGGAAAUUUAUUCUGAAAACUACAGAAGGGGAUUCAGAGCUCUGCACAAUUUAUCUGCAACUAAAAUACUUGGGUGACAGUCAAAACUCCUGAAUUCACAUAAUGGAGCUGUUUUCCAAACUGACAAACUGAAAGGAACUAACCCUAAUAAACAUGUAGAAACACCAAAGUUAACUCAUUCCAUCUGAAAAGAUUUAGAAAAAACAACUGGUUUAACUGUCAGUGUUCUUGAUACUCUUCAGGUUUAAUUUCCUCUUCACCAGUUAGUCAAAGCUCCCUCCAACUUUCAGAUAAAAAUGUUUCAAAGAUUAUACUAACCCCUUUCUGCCAGAUAGGUUUUAAUUGUAUUAAUGAAAACUAUUUAAUUCCUCACAACAAUAACUAGAUGGUUCAUGUCUUUUUAAAAAAAAAAAAGUUAGUGUUUCAUGUUUCUAUGUCAUGCCUUUGGAGUAAACACCAUCCUUUCUCCAGUCAUACUUAAAUUCAUUGUUCAUUUAGAAUAAAUAUAUCAAGUCAAGUACA